AUGACUCAAUCCACAAACGACUCUCAAAAUUUUUCAAAGCUUGGUUUUCCACAAACAGUUGCACCUAAUUACAAAGAAUUAUUUGCCAGUGCAUUUCAAAAUUUUUUUGAUGCUUUAAAUAAAGAUUUUGUUGAGGGACUUAAUUAUUUAAUGAAAUUUGAUGAAUAUAGUGUUUACUCAUAUCUCAAACAAGAACUCAAGUUACCUAAAGAAUAUGACAUUGAUGAAACUAUUGCUGCAAUGGAAAUGACCGAAUCUGCAACUGGAUUGUUUAGACUUGCGCUUGUCGAGGCUGUGAUGGAUGCUUAUACGUUUUCAACCGAUUCUCUAGAAUGGUAUACAGUUGAUUAUGGAAUGCAACGAUAUCCUGACGCAUUCAGACUUGUUUACAAACACGAGGAGAGUACUGGGUUAGGGCACGUAAACAUUAAGUAUAAUUGCAAAGUUUAUAAAUUGGAUUAUAAAAAUGAUAAAGUGCAUGUACAUUGGAAAGAAGCUGGGGUACAAAAAGAAGAGAUUUUUGAUAGAGUUAUUGUUACUUGCCCGUUGGGUGUCGUUCGGCAAUGGGAUUUAUCUGGGCUAGAGAAAAAUGAAAAUUUUUAUCGUAAAAGACGUGCAAUUCGUGAAUUGAAUUAUGACAAUUCUGCCAAAAUCUUUUUGAAAUUCAAAUCUCGUUUUUGGGAAAAAGGAUCGAAUCCUAUUAUUGGAGGCAGCUCUACAACAGAUCUUCCAAUUCGGACUGUUGUUUACCCAUCAUGCUAUUUUGAUAAUAAUAUCCCAGUAGAUAAUCCUGCAAUUCUCCUUGGUUCAUACACUUGGGCAAAUGAUGCAGAAAAAUUUGGGCCGUACUCACCGCAGGAGAACGCGAAUCUUUGUGCUGAAAACCUUAAAAUUCUUCACGGACGUGAUGUGGUAGAAGAAAAUUUAGUAACCGAAGAAUUUUCAUCCAUUUAUUGGUCAAAUGAUACAACAAGUGUCGGAGCAUUUGCACUUUUUGGACCAGCUCAGUUUAAAAAACUAAUCUAUCCAAUGAUAGAGCCUAUGAAUAAUAUACAUUGGGCUGGUGAGCAUACUGAUGUUCAUCAUGCUUGGAUCGUUGGAUCUUUGAACUCGGCUGUCAGA